GUGUCGAGCGUCGAUGAAUCCGACGAGCACGCAUUUUAUUUUAAGUUUCGCUACUGAACAUUCGAGGAAGUGUAAUUUUUCAGCAGUUUUAAAACUUUUAAAGCAUUUUUAGACAGAUCGCGAAAUAUCUUGCCCGUAUCACAAUCUGCUAUCGAAGGCUGACAGGAGACUAAUAACAAAAAGUUUUCAAAUUCCGGUGAAAAGAAUCUUUUGUGAUGAAUUCAGCGAAAAAUGCUCAUAAAAUGGAAACUUCAUUCUCAUAUAUAACCAAUGUUGGAGAAAUUGUACUAGAGGACAAAUAUUUCACUCUUAAAAGUUCUACCACAUCCUGACGGGAUUUGUGAUUCAUUUUGAAAAGUGGAUUAAACUGCAGUGGCUAAAAUUAAUAGCCGUUUAAAAAAAAACAAAAGUAUCCACAUUUAGCUGGCCGAGGAUAGUAGUGUUUGCCAUUGAAAAAAAAAAAAAAAACGAAAGAAGCAGUGAAUUGAAGAAAAAGAAGCUCAGCUUAUCGCUGCUACGUCAUAUAUUUUCCUGAGUUUCUGCAUCGUUGGAAAUAAUUUACACUCGAUCGAGUUGUUAUUGUGUUGCUAAAUAUCAGUAAAAGGAGCAGUGUGGAUACGAUGGAAUAUUCUAGUAAUGACGUGAAGCAGUUAUUCAGGUCUAUCUAUACACUGGUUAAACAGCAAGAUGAGAACAAGCAAACUUUAACCGUCGAAGGUAUGCUGGCUAAUGAAUUUCUUGAGGAGCAUCGUCAGCUUGUAGGCCGUUGUGUUACAUUAAUUUUCGAAGACUAUGAAACAGUUGGCAAGAAGGCUCGAGAAAUUCUUUGGCGUAAAGGCUACUACGACCUCAUCGUGGUGUUCAAGCGACAUUACCAACAAUUGCAACAGCAGAGAAAACAACUUAUUACUAGUGGAGAAGUUGCUGUUCUGGAGCGCAAAGAACAGCUUUUGAAAUAUGGAGUUGAACGUCUGCUGCUAGAUGGAAUGAAUCAUUUGAAAGUGAUAGUGUUACGUCUUGCGCAAAUAUUCAAUCUAAACAACCUACAAUAUACGGUGAGCUACGGAUUUUUGGAAAAUUACGAUGAUGAUCUGUUGGUUCGUGAAUCCAGCUGUUAUGAAAAUUUGGGUUUGAAUGAAGAAAACAAUGGAGACGAGAAGAAGGUUAUCUACACUAAACAGGAAAUAUCAUUUGCAUUGGAAUCAAUCCAUUCUCUAUUGACCGCACUGGGAGAUCUGCAUCGCUACUAUUGCGAAUUUGAUUUAACUGGCAUAGGCAACAUUAAAGAUGUUACAGCUAAAUACUACUGGGAAGCGUUUAAAUUAAAUCCCAAAAUUGGGAUCACCCAGAAUCAGUUGGGAACAUUGUACAACGGAAGAAAUUACAACUUAGAUUCAGUUUAUCACUAUCUAUAUUCCUUGUGUUGUUUGAUGCCGUUUGAUUGCAGCGAGUUGAAUGUGAGCAAAAUUUUCCAGAAAAAUAUCCGCUAUCUUGAAACCGAAAAUGGCGGUGAUGACGUAGAGGAGGAAGACUAUGCUGUGCGUGAAUUUAUGGCCAAGUUUCUGCUGGUAGUAGAUGUGUUUUUUUACGAUAAGAAUGUGACAGAUUUUACCAGUCUAUGUCAUUCUGUAUUGAUUGAUUUCAAGAACGUGCUUGGAGCUCGAAAGCUGAUUGAUGACGAAUACUACAUGACAGACGAAAUAAUUUUCAAGAUAGUCUCAAUCUUGUUCUUUUGCAUGCACAAAAUUAAAAUCAAUAAUUCGGACAAAAUUCACAGUUUGAAUGCGUUUUUGGUAGCUUUGUGCUCAGAGCUAUUGGAAUUUUGCACAAUGGCAGUGGAAAAAUAUGUGGUGGAAAAUGUUCGGGAAGAUAAAAAGUUUCGUGAAAUGUAUUCAUCUCUUUAUCAGCGUUAUGACGAAGAAGUACGUAAAUCCAGGCAACCGUCGAAGGAGAAUACAACUGCAAUUUGCACGAAAGACCAGAAAUCGUCAUCCGGCGUUGAAGAGAGCAACGGUAGUGAGGAUCAUUCAAAUAAAGAAAACGAAGAAAAUGACAAAAUAAGUCAAGCGAGUUGCAAGCAAAAUGCUGCUAAGAAAAAACACGCCCGCAGGCGACGACGCGUUUUAACGAACGAAUCGGAAUCAGACCUUUCAGAUCAGGAUGAUCAAAGUGAUUUUCAGCUGGAUUCGGAUUCGGAUGACGUAAGUUCAGUUUCAAGCUUUGAAUCAUAUGAUGAUUUCUCCGAUGAGGAUGAGGAAGAAGAACAGCGAGAUGAUAUAUUCAAAAAUCGUUCUGUAGUUGAAACAUCAGUUACUGACAAAGCACAAGGCGCCGAAGAACACGAGAAGAAACAAAACACCAAAUCUUCUGAUCAAACAACUCAGCUCAAGUUUAAGAAACGUUAUCUCAAACUGAAUCCAAACAUUAUUAUAGAGUUUGUCAAACAAGACCGCACCAUGCGUUCCUUGAAGGUUCUGUUUGAUUGGCUACAGACUAACAUCGACAUUUUACUUGGAUGCUAUCAAUCCAAUCCAGAAUUUAUACAUAACAUCAUGAAAUUGUUGAAUCAUUUCAACAUUGAUAUCUUCUCUAACCGGUAUUAUUUUCCGCGUGAAAUUGUCACUGUUGAGGGGAUUCGGGAUGAUUUCCGAAAUUUGUUCGAAAUUCGUCGGACCAUUCCGUUGGAUGAGGAUAUCGCAAUGAAGCAGUUUGCAUUAUUUGAAAUAACCCAAGAAGAACUAGACUGGGAGAGUAGCUACCGUUUAAUGGUGUCAGUUGCGGAAGAAAGUUUCCUACGCGCAAUGAAAAUGGUUGAUUUCGGAUUCACACUUUGUAAGUCUAAAAAAUUCGAUUACGCAUUCUGUCCGAAAGCUCGUGAUUUUAGUUUGAACAGUAAGAAACAGAAGCAAAACAAAAAAGAGCGAGGAACAACCCGCAGUCGAGGUAAUCGAAUCCGUAACCGUGAGCAAGAUGAAAAGCCAAAAGUACGAAAACAGACCAACCAGCAUGAGCAGCGUUGUGAUGCCAAGACUCGUCGUAACCAGAAUCGUAAUCGUAAUCAGAAUGAACGCCGCCGUACGGACACAAUGGAUGUGCAAAAGUCUAGCCAAGACGUUGACACCAGAACAGCGCCAGCCAUUAUUACAAAGAAAGGUUACCUUAAGCAACGGUAUAAUGGGGAUUUGGCUCCUUACAAAAAACUGCAACAGAAGGACAAUGGUGUCAUUUCUGAUACGACAACUGAAGAAAUUUAUCACCAGGAAAAGAAUAUCAACGAAUUGAUGGGACAGCUCUGGUUAAGAAAUGAAGUAAAAACAUUGGAGUCAAAGGUUAAAAAAGUGGUAAAUAUAACGUUGACGCCUUAUUUGAUGCUUGACUCAAAAUGUUUGACGGAAUACACGUACAUUGUGAAGAAUCUGGUGAAAACUAAGAAAUUUGUCAUUUUGAUUCCAACUGCUGUUCUUUCGGAUUUGGACGAAUUGAAAAAACAUAGUGAUGGUGCACGGAAUGCUAUUAAAUGGCUCGAGUAUGAGUUUAGCAAAGGAAAUCGGUUCCUUCGUUCUCAAAAGAAUUAUGAGGUUCUACCAAUGCCAUUGAUUAGAAUUCCAAAAAAACUCGACCGUGAUGCUUCAGUGUUCUACCAGAUUGUCCAGUUCUGUAAUCACAUCGUCACGAAUCACGCCGACAAAGAUAGCGCAGAUAUUAUCACUUAUCUGUCAGGCGAUCCGUUGCAGGACAAGAAGCUUUAUAACUCAACGUACAUUGGCAUUCUGGAGGCAAUACCGGUCAAGUUUGAACAAAUCGUCAGUUUCUACGCCAGUUACAAAAGGAAAUGAGCUCUCAUACGGUAAAUCGACUUCCUGUGCGCGGAAUUACUCUACAAGGAACACCGUUUCUGAAUCGCAUGCUCCUAAAAACUCGUGAAAAGCGUCACGAGUGGCAGAGGCAUGGGUACAAGUAGGAUUCAGUGGUUGCUUUUUUAUAAGAUAGAAGGUAUCAUCGACGGCCGCUAGCAGCAGUAACACCAUCAGCAGCAGCUAGCAGCUUAUAUCACAGGGAGUAAAUCAUCACACAAGACCAUCGGGAAUAAUCCUUCCAUUCAACAUGUGUCUAACACAAUGCCUGUCUCCCUUCGAAUGAAUGGGAAAACAUGUUGCGAAGGAAACUGAACAGGAGUGAAUCGGUAAACCUAAAGUGCAACAUUUUUCACGUUCUAUCGACAUAUAUUUGAAGGGAAGGGAAGGAAUUAUCUUUAAGUUGGUUGAUGUCUCUGAAAAUAUCUUCACUGGAAAUCAUUUCAUCACAACAGAAAUUCAUUUAUAUAACACAAUAGUAACAAGUGACAAACAUUUAAAAACAACAGCAAUUUGCUGUGUCGAAGAGAAGCAAAACUUAAUUCUAUCUCAAAAUGCCAUAAAAUAACAAUAUGGAUAUGUUGAAAACAUAAACAACUAAACGGAACUUAUUUCUUCAGACAAUUUAGAACUAUUUUCGAACAUUGGUAAUAAUACAUGACAAUUUUUUUCGAAGAUCAUUUAAUUUUUGCUUUUCUCGAUGCAUCAAAAAAAAAAAAAAAAAAAAACAAAAAAACUUCGUCGUCGCAUCCAUGCAACGACGUCAUCAGUACCAGUUCAUAAACAUUACGAUAUUGUUUUCACUGUUUACUUUAUUUUCAUACAUUGCAGAUGGUAUCUUGAUUCUGCAAGAAAUCAAAUUAAUUUGUUUCUCGCUAACAUUUUCUCACUAUCUGCUCAAAUAAAAUCAUGGCAAAGUUUGA